AGUUUUGUGGUGUAAAAGUUAUCGGUGUACUUAGUCGAACGCACAUCGAAACGUCAAGUGGGUGUUGACUUUAUGUCAACAGUGGAAUGAUUUUUAGAGGUCAAAGGACGUCCUAAUCGACUUUUUUCUUUAAUUCCUUAUCACUUGCUAUUAAAUAGUGUUAGUGAUUUUCUCUUUGAAGCUGAAAUUAAUUUAGUCCAACUUUCCUGUUAUUUAAUUUAUUAUUAACAAUGAUGAAUGAACCAAUUAAUGUCGUUGUCACUGGGGCAGCCGGCCAAAUUGCGUACUCCCUACUCUAUAUGGUAGCAAAGGGAGACGUUUUCGGGCCCUCUCAACCGAUAAUUUUACGUCUUUUGGAUAUACCACCCAUGAUGGGUGUUUUGGAAGGAGUCGUCAUGGAACUCGCCGAUUGCGCUCUUCCUCUUCUUAAAGAAGUUAUCCCGACUGCCGAUCCUAUCGUCGCUUUCAAAGACGUUUCGGCGGCUUUCCUCGUCGGUGCUAUGCCGAGAAAACAAGGUAUGGAACGUAAAGAUUUACUUUCAGCCAACGUAAAAAUAUUCAAAGUACAAGGUGAAGCUUUGGAUAAAUAUGCCAAAAAAGAUGUAAAAGUAUUAGUAGUCGGUAAUCCGGCUAAUACGAACGCUCUAAUUUGCUCAAAGUACGCUCCCUCCAUUCCAAAAGAAAACUUUACCGCAAUGACUAGGUUAGAUCAGAACAGAGCUCAAGCUCAGAUCGCCGCUAAAGUUAAUGUUCCAAUCGCGAACGUAAGUAACGUGAUUAUUUGGGGAAAUCAUUCAUCCACACAAUUCCCCGAUGCUUCUCACGCUACAGUAAUUGUAGAUGGUAAGCCCCAGCCAGCUAUAGAAGCUGUUAAAGAUGGCGAUUGGCUGAGAAACGUUUUCGUUUCUACCGUACAAAAAAGAGGUGCCGCAGUUAUCGCAGCUAGGAAAAUGUCUUCUGCAAUGUCGGCAGCUAAAGCGGCGGCAGAUCACAUGCGCGAUUGGUUCCAAGGUACACCCCCCAAUCAAUUUGUUUCCAUGGGUGUAGUUAGUGACGGUAGUUACGGAGCACCAAAGGGUGUUGUCUUUUCGUUCCCGGUUACCAUCAAGAAUGGUAAAUGGGAAAUUGUACAAGGUCUACAAAACGACGAUUUCGCCAAAGAAAUGUUGAAAAUAACAGGAAAAGAAUUGGAAGAAGAAAAAGUAGAAGCGAUUUCCAUCAUUGAAGCAUGACUAGUUAAUAAGCUUUGAAAUAUUGAACAUGAAAAAAUAUAUCCGGAGUAUCAAAAUAGUGUAAAAAGUACAUUUUAUUUUUUAGGAGUUUGAUAAAAUACAAAAAACAGUUUGUUCCAAUAUUAGACGAAAAUUAUAAAAAAUAUUGAUCAAAUUUCUAUAUUAUAGAGUAUAUCCGCAAAGUAAUGCAUCAAAGUUUCAUUUAUUAAUCAGAAUAGUAGAAUACGAACUUUCUACAUCAGUACAGUUCCACAAUUGUGAUUUCUAUGCAAUAAAAAAUUCCUGAAAAAUUUCAACGAGGUUGUAGCGGCUCUAAAGUUGGUCAUUCAGCGACUCACUGAGUAAGACAAAAGACCGAAUGAACGAGUUCGUUGUCAUGGCGAAGUUUACAAAACUCCAGACGCGUUUUAAUCCUUGCGAAUCAACUUUUUACCUGUCCCAACUGGAAUUUCGAAAGACAGUUAUCUUCAAAUGUCUUUUGAAGUAUUAUAAAAACUAGCAUUGACAUUUUCUUGCUGAAGUUGAUCAGGUAUCUAGGCUUCAAUCCGAUUUCGAACCAACUACCAUGUUGGAACAUAUUAAGAAAAAAAAUUGAUGCAUCAUUUUCGGGAUAUACCCUGUAUGCGAUACAUAUUGAUAAUGGUCUAUGAUUCUCAGUGUACUAAAUGAAGCAGCUGAAGUAAUUUUCGUACUUUUUCCAAAUUUUUCGUUAAUUUCAUUAAUUUUUUUUCUUUUUGAAUCUAAAAUUUCGAAAAAUAUUAUCAAACUCUAUAUUAGCUCGAUAUAUUUCAUUUGCAACAAUUUAUACUCUGAUAUAUAAUUUAAAAAAAAAAGUAGGAAAAAAUAGUAGCAGAAUUGCAUUUAUUUAAUUUUUUCAUUUUUAAUAUUUUGAAGCUUGCGUUUCUACCACAUUUCGAUUAAUUUCACACAGAAGAAGAAUAAAAAAAAUUGUUAAUGUAAAUAUUUAUGUUUAUACAGCAUUUUAUUAAUUAGCGAUAUUGAAUGUGUAUAUUCCUUACAGGUUCACAGGUAUUUUGGUUCCAAUUAAAAAUAAAAUUAUUUUUGCAAUUUUUUUUGGUGCGUC